AUGAUCAAGCUCAAGGCCCUUUCUGCCCUCAUCCCCGCUGCCAUCACCAUCCUCUCCGCCACCUCUGGCGUUGAGGCCCAUGGAUACGUCCAGGAAGUCACUCUCGGUACCACCAAGUACACUGGCUCCCUUCCCUACCAGGACCCCUACAUGAACCCCUACCCCGACCGAAUCAUCCGAAAGAUUCCCAGCAACGGUCCCGUCGAAGAUCUGACCUCCAUCGACAUGCAAUGCAACGGCUGGGCGGCCGGAAACUGGGCUACCGCCCCCAGCAGCAUCGUCGGCAAGAUCAACGCUGGAGAUACCAUCAAGUUCCACUGGACUGAGUGGCCUGACAGCCACGUCGGCCCUAUGAUCACCUACAUGGCUCGUGCCCCCUCCGACAUCACCAAGUGGAGCCCUGGUACUGCCCCCGUCUGGUUCAAGAUUGACGAGAGUGGCAAGUUCCCCGACGGCAAGUGGGCCGCUACCCACAAGCUCUACGAGACCAACCACAUCUACACCGUCCGCAUUCCUCCCAACCUCCGACCUGGCCAAUACUUGAUUCGACACGAGUCGGUUGCGUUGCACGGAGCCUUCAACUACCCCGGUAUCCAGCACUACCCCAGCUGCACCCAAGUCGAGGUUGUUGGCAAUGGAAACGCAUUCCCCAACUCGAGCUACCUCGUUUCGAUCCCUGGUGCGUACACACCCCAGACCCCAGGUAUCGUCUUCGACGUCUACAGCGACCCCUCUCGCCCCUACCCGAUUCCUGGCCCCCCAGUCUGGACCGGCGGCAACUAAGUGGAACUUUGUUGUGGAUAGGAAGCUUUGUAAAAUUAUUUUUAA